GAUGGUAAACUAAAGUGACUUUUGUUUCUCUCAGGUGGGUUCCUUCUUCAUGAUCAACCUGUGCCUGGUUGUAAUAGCAACCCACUUCUCAAAAGCAAAACAGCGUGAGAACCAGCUGAUGCAGGAGCUAUGCUCACUAUGUUACCUCUCCAACGACAGCACCCUUGCCAGCUACUUUGAGCCAGGGAGCUGCUACGAGGAGAUGCUCAGUUACAUCAGCCACCUGUACCACAAGGUGAAGCGUUGUGCUUCUCGCAUCUACAACGGCUGGCAGAGCAAGCGCAGAAAGAAGGUGAACCCCAACAGCGUUUUGAGGGGGGGAGGAGGCAGCAGCGGUGGUCCCAACAGUCACUGCAGGCACAGGGGUGGCGGACACUUGGUCGGUUCCAUCCACAACCUCAUCCAACAGCACCAACGACAGCACUGUCACCUCAGCAAUGGCAGCCCCAGUCCUGUGGCCUCUACGGGGUCCGGCGAGGCUCUUGAAAUGAGGACUAUCAAAACGGGGCCGCAACUGACCGUGUGCUCUCAGCCAACUGGCAUGCACAAUCUUUCUUCCAGGACUCAGUCAGUGCACUGCAUUUAUCAAGGUGACUUUCACGAGGCCCGCAAGGGCGAACACCAGAGUUCACCCAAAUAUAAAAAUUCUCUCAACAUCUAUUUUUUUUCCAAACCAAAAUAAUUUACAUAUUCAGUUAUGUCUGUAAAGCCCGGAACACACCAAGCUGAGGGUCAGCCUUCAGGCAGUUUUUAUUUGUCGGCCAACUAAGUUUUGUCAGUGUGUUCUGCACCGUUGGCUGAAGUUGGUUCUCGUCUGCUUUUUUCGGCCUAUUCGACAUGUUGAAUCGGCGUCGGAGCUCGUCGGUCAGUCGGGCCAUCUGAUCAUUCUGAUUGGCUGUUCAGCUACUGCCACCUGCUGGUACAGAAAGGCAUUUCUUCUUACGCAGGCCCAGAACGGACGUGCUACUUGGCCGUCGGGUGUCGUGCGUCAGUUUGGUGUAUCAGGGCAACUUUGGACACAGACGCUGCCGACAUGAGCCAACCCCAAAGUCUGCUUUCGUUUCCACUAGUUCGUCAGCGUCAGCUUUCGGGAAUAAGACAUCAGUGAUUAGAAAUGUCACUAAAACUAUUUCAAUCAUGACAACUCUCGGAGUGGAUUAAAUUCAACCAGCAUUUAUUGGCAUGGGGCCACAGUCGUGUGCUGUUGCAGAUAGCUGGUGUGGUGCCCAGUCAGUUGCUUCUUGAGCUCCUGAGUUGCCCGUAUUGCACAAGGGCCCUGGAGAACUUGGAUCUGGAG